UUAGUCUGCAGCAGUCACUGUCCUCAUUCACACCACUCAAGACUGUCUCCAUUUGUACCAUUUACUGUAUGACAGCAGACAGUUCAACUGUGUCCUCCCCUCCUCUCCUAAUGUGACCUCAGUGGUGACAAAGAAAGCCCCUGUCUUCAUCAGUGAACACACCAAUCAAUGCACCAGCAACAUUCAAUAAAACACAUCUAGUCAGAGAGAACUCCAUGAAUACAGAGGGCUAAUUUGGGAGGCAGGAGGGCAUUCAAACAACCACCUGCUCUCGUCUCUCACUGAGCUGCUGUCAGACUCUGGUGGUGAAGGGUCGGUGGACUGUCUGACACUCUGUAGGAGGAGGACUGUGUGUGCAGGGAGAAUGUCAGGGAGCAACCAGCCACUGGACCUGAUGCUCAUUAAAGAACUGGAGCACAUCUUGGAUUCCUGCGCGCUGGAGCUCACAGCAGUGGAUGAAGUCUGGCCCAACCUGUACAUAGGAAAUGUGGCUGUGGCGCAGAACAGAAAUAAAUUACAUAAGCUUGGCAUCACUCAUGUGCUGAACGCAGCGCACUCCAAGCAGGGCAGCAUCGGUGACCAGAGUUUUUACGGGAACACCUGUGUUUACUUUGGCAUCCCAGCAGAGGAUUCAGGCCACUUUGACCUCAGUCAGUACUUCAAACAUGCAGCUGACUUUAUACACAAAGGCCUGAAGAGCAAAGAUGGUAAAGUGCUGGUGCAUUGCAUCAUGGGCCUGAGUCGAUCGGCCACUUUAGUCCUGGCCUACUUCAUGUUGCGGCAGCGUCUCGCUCUGAAAGAUGCCCUGAGGCAAGUUGUCCAAAAACGAGCCAUUUACCCAAAUCGGAACUUCCUGUCACUCCUCCUCAAGCUGGACGAGCAGCUGACACGCAGACGGAGGUUGUGUCCUCUUCUCUGACAUCACUCGCUCCUCUAAACUCUUCUCUCUCUUUCCAUGUGUUCACUCCACUCUAAUUAGUACAGAUACUAUCUAUAAACAAUACUAUCAGAAUGAGUGUGAUAUAGUUAGAGGUGUGAGUUUGAUAGUAACGAACAUUUAAAGUUCAACAUUUUAUUUCUUAUAUUGUCUACCUUUCAUGCACUAGUUUCACUCCUGGGUGCAGCAGUUAGGGCCAUGUGUUGUGAAAUAUUGUAAAUAUCUAAAUAUCAUAUUUCUCUGAAGUUUAUUUUCAUAUUCAAACUGUAUUCAAAUGUUACCUGCAGUGUAAGUGGGAGGCCUCUCCACGAGCUUUGUAAACACAGCUUUAUGACUUGUUGUGAAUAUUGAUAAAGACAUUUUAUGCUAUUUCAUGUAAAGAUUCUGGCUGAAUGGAUGUGGAAUGAAUGCUAAACUAUUUUUUUUUACAUCCCACAUUGUAAAAAGUGAGAUUGCCAUGUCUUUUUUUAUUUUAAAGCAGGGCUAGAAGCUGUAUAAAU